UUCGCGCACUCGCCAACUUCCCUGAUAGAGUAGUUCCUCCGUGAAGCGCUCUGGUGAGCAAUUGGAGAUAAAACAGGUAACAAUAAAUCUGACAAAGUUCUCCAGCGCUCACAAACCAUUGCUGGGGGAGUGAAUAGCAUGUACAAACUUGUUUAAAUUUAAGUUUCGGAUUUCUUUAGCUACUUAUAGACUUUUUAAUUUUGUAUUCCCCCGUGCUAACUUUCGUCCUGAGUGAUUUUCAAAGUCGCCGUUUGAGCAGUGAGUGUGGUAAAAGUUUUUUUGCUUCAUCCAUAACCGAGCACACUAUCUAAAACAACAUGCCAUUCCCUUUUGGGAAGUCUCAGAAGAGUCCAGCGGAGAUUGUGAAGAAUCUCAAGGAAAAUGUGGCAUGCUUAGAGAAGCUGGAAACAUCGGACAACAAGAAGAGUGAAAAGGUUGCUGAAGAAGUUUCAAAGAAUCUAGCCUCAUUAAAAGAGGUGCUGUGUGGUACUGGAGACAAGGAGCCUCAAACAGAAGCAGUGGCUCAACUGGCACAGGAGCUUUAUAACACCAACCUGUUCAUCGCCCUCAUAGCCAACCUGCAGAGGAUCGACUUUGAGGGAAAGAAGGAUGUGGUUCAUCUGUUUAGCAACAUAGUGCGGCGUCAGAUUGGCACCCGCACACCUACAGUUGAGUACAUUUCCUCCCACUCCCAGAUCCUCUUCAUGCUGCUGAAAGGCUAUGAAACUCCAGAAGUGGCUCUGAACUGCGGCAUGAUGUUGAGAGAGUGUCUCCGUCACGAGCCCUUGGCUCGCACUGUUCUCUUCUCCGAGGACUUCUUUUGCUUUUUCCACUUUGUGGAACUCUCCACUUUCGACAUUGCCUCUGAUGCCUUUGCGUCAUUUAAAGAUCUUCUCACACGACACAAAAUCAUGUGUGCGGAUUUCUUGGAGACGAAUUAUGACCGAGUAUUUACAGAGUACGAAAAGCUGCUCCAUUCUGAUAAUUACGUCACCAAACGGCAGUCUCUGAAGCUUUUGGGAGAACUGUUACUGGAUAGACACAACUUUACAGUCAUGACCAAAUACAUCAGUCGAGCCGAAAAUCUGAAACUGAUGAUGAACAUGUUGAGAGACAACAGCCGCAACAUCCAGUUUGAAGCUUUUCAUGUCUUUAAGGUGUUCGUGGCAAACCCAAAUAAGACCCAACCUGUUUUGGAUAUCCUGUUGAAGAACCAGUCCAAACUGGUGGAGUUCCUGAGCCAAUUCCAAACGGACCGCUCAGAGGAUGAGCAAUUCUGCGAUGAAAAGAACUAUCUCAUCAAGCAGAUACGAGAUCUCAAGAGGCCCGCACCACCGGAAGAAGCAUGAAGGACAAAAAUACAACAGUGAACAGUUGGGGUGGUGAUGUUUUGUGCAGUUGAGGAAAUAACAAAAGAAAUAAUGACACAGGUUUCUCAGAUCCAAUUUUUUUUUUUUUUUUUUGCGCAGCUGACCACCAAAAUGUAGUCAAUAUGAGCUCACUCAGUUUUUCCCCCUUUUGCUUAAGAACAAGUUUGAAUUUUCUGUGUGAAAAGCAAGAGGGACCCAAGCACUCUGUUUACUCCAAAGCUUUUUUCCCCCUUGUGAGAUUAUUUUCUGGUUUGUUUUGAGUCUUCUAAUUUUGUGACAUCACUCUCUGCAGCUUCUAAAUGUGAACAGUUUAUUUUAUCUAUGGUGUGAAAUCAGUUAUAAUAAUUACUCAUUCAGAUUUUUUAUUAAAUGAAGCAGGAAGUGAAGCAGGAAAGUCGUUUUACACAGGGAUUUCUACAACAUUUCAAGUCUUAGGAAGGCUCUUAAAGCGGAUUUAGAGGUGCAUUAAAAAGAAAUGUUAACAAAGCAUUUGGAGUGAAGGUGUAUAUCACAGAAUGUCAUGAAUUUAAAAAGUAAAGCAAACUUUUUAAUGCCAAACUUAACGUAAUAAUUAAAUCAAUUUCCCUUCUCCCUAGAAGCCACUAGGGAAUUUUUUUUAUUUUAUAUAUAUAUAUUUUUUUGAUAUUCCAAAAGAGAAUUUCCAGCAAAACUGCCAAUAAUUCAGAAUUGCAGACUUUACAGGUUUACAGUCUCAUUACUGUGCUCAAGUUUCUGAGUCGUUGGAUAAUUUAAAGAGCAUUGAUUGGUUGAGACACUCUGAUAGCAUUGUCUUUAUACUAUUAUUUUAGUGUAAAUUGUUCAGCAUGGUUUUUUAACUGGAUGCAGAUCUAUUUAAGUUGGGGAUUUUACAAAAUAUUGUUACAUUUAUUAGCUGUGAAACUAUGGGCUUGCAAAUUUCACCGAUGUACACAAAACGUGGAACAUUAAUCUCUCAAUAAUGAUGAAUACAGAUCCAUUCGAUGCUUUUUAGGUGCUGCGUUUUGAUUUUCAGCCUACGCACAUGAACCUAGAAGCAUUUUGAAAAAGAUUCCUCCAACACCCAAACAAACAAACAUUUAACACCAUUUUCCUACCAUCCUCUGUACUGUCAACCUUGAACGAGUCAAAACUGUGGUAAUGUAUUGUAUCUUAUUAUUGUAUUUUUAGCUUCAAAUCUAUUCAGCACUUUUCUGUACAUCUUGGUCAUUGGAAGGUCAUUUUUGAAUGGAAAUGCAAAACAGGAUUCUACUGAAAAGCCUUCAUUGAAUUAGUGCGCAAGUUCAACCUUUUAGUCAACGUACUUUGUUUGCACAAAUUCCUUUAUAUACCUCACACGUUUUGAGUUGCUUAAGUGCUAUGUACUUAAGUCCCUCCCCCUGACCAUGUUAAGUUACCAUGGCAGAAAUGUCAGUUAUGCAAGGAAAAAAAAGCUUAAAAUCUUAGAACAAUUUUUGCCCUUUCAGUUGCUGAACAGGAUUCGACAAGGGAAAACAUUAACUGUGAUAUUUUCUGGUAUGGUACUCUUGAAUGUGUGCUGAAAUAUUCUUACUUUUUUAGUGUAUGUGGAUGUUUUAGGUCUGUGGGUUAAUGGAGUAAUAAUCCCUUUAACAUAAGCUUGAUAGUGCCAAGACACGCAGAUGUGAACAGCUUUAUAAGACUACAGGGCUUAAUACAUGCUUUUUUUUUUGCAUUUGUCUUUUCCACAUGAUGCAAAUUGUGACCGUCAUCAAACCAGGAUUAGCCUUUCUGUACUGAGUCAGAUAGUUUGCCCUAUAAAGUUCAAAAGACAAAUGCAGUAACUUUGGGUCGAAAUGAAUUGAACUUUUCAAAUUGUUUGGUGCAGUUUUGGACAGGAUACAAACGUCAGUCUUUGUCACCAUGUUUUAAUCAGCUGACAUGCAUGUUGAUGAGGGUGAUUGAAAAAUACAAUGUCCACUGCUUCUAAAUUAUUGUUUGGUUUUUUUUUGUUGUUGUUUGCUUCAGAAUUAGGCUUUAAAUAUAUAUUUUACUCCCCUUUUUGUUCCUUGUAUGUUUUCUGUCAUCUGUUCCACUUUAUAAGGAUUCUACAUGUACAUAAAAGAUUUAUUUUAUGAAGCAAGUGUGAGGACAUAUUGGAAAUAAAAUAAAAUAAACAACUGUG